AUGUCACGCUCAGCUCUUUGGCAUCAAGAGCGCAACAUCCAGAAGCGUCAAGCAGAAGCGGAAGAAACCUGGCAGGAAGCUGUGGAAGAGGGAAGAAAUAACCGUGCCCGUAAUCUCAUCACUCUCUGGGGACCGGAUGACAGCUUUCGUUUUGAGCCCUUGCUACUGGACAACAUCAAGAAGUCUUCUUACUUUGUCAAAGUAUGCCGAGAAAUCAAAGACUGGACGGCUUUGGUAGAUGAAAUUUACUACAAAGUCGACCACAUGGAACCAUGGGCACCAGCUAGGCUUUAUUUAGUUAGUGCAUGUUGGCACAUCUGUGAUGAUGAUGAGUGGUAUGCCUUUUUGCGAAGAAACAGCGGAGUGAAGACUCCUUCCAUGGGAUUUAGUCUGCUCCUUCGUCUCUUGACCAUGCGGAGCACUACCAAUCAAAUGGAGCUCAUGCUCAAGCAUGUGGAUUCCGCCUAUAUUCGUGCCGUGGGAUUUCUAUACUUGCGAUAUUCCUGUGAACCGGAGCAUCUCUUCAAAUGGUUCCAGCCGUACUUGUACGAUGAAGAACCCAUUCAGGUCGGUGCUGGAAAAAAGAAGGCUGGAAACAACAACAAUAAGAGUAACGAAACGAUCGGUUCCUUUGUUCGAUCUUUGCUCUCGCGUCGUGAUUACUACGGGACCAUGUUGCCUCGACUCCCCAUUCAAAUCGAGCGAAACGUUCAAGUCCAGUUGUUGCAGGCGGAAAAGGUUCAGAAUAGAGCUACCACUCAUGCCCGCAACAAACGAACCAUGGACUACUUUCAAAAGCCAGGAGCACGCAUCAUGGCAACCUACGAAGACGAGGAGAAUCCACUCCAGUGGUAUGAGGCCGAAGUGGAUCGUGUCAUUCGACGAACCGAUGAUGACCAACAAACGUUGAAGCAUCCCAAGUUUGUCGUGACGUUUACGCAGUACGGGAACACCGAAACUGUGACACUGGGCGAAAUGGAUGUCCCCGACGGACCCUUUUAUAAGGAGGAUACCCGAGCGGGCCGUGGAUACGACAAUCGUCAUGAACGCGGCAAAAACGAUUUGUACGAAGAAGUGCGACGCAGGGAGCAAGAACAGGCGACCGGAUCGCGAGGCAACUAUUUUGCUAGGGUGGAAACGACCAAGAACAGUCUGGCGGCCGGUGGAACUCGAGGAGCCCCUCCUCCACAGGAUCGUCGGAGGCGAUCUCCUAGUCCUAGUAGGGGGGCUCGCAAACGUUCGCCGCCUCGCGAGGGUCGCAAUCGUGAAGACGAAAGGAGCCGAGAAAGGCAGAAUUCUCCUCCACGAAAGCGCACUGCAGAAGAAAUGGCGGCCAUUCAGGAAAAGAAGCGCAAGUUGAUGGCCAAGUAUGGAUAG